CCUCUCUCCGGGGCUGCGCGGGCUCAGAAACCCCGGAUGGAGGCCAGUGGAGGCAUGGCGCACACUCCCACCGCAUUGCCCUACUUUGUGGCUCUGUCCCAGGUCCUGGGCCUGACGGUAGUAGCUGUGACAGGGGCAUGGCUUGGCCUCUACCGUGGUGGCCUUGCCUGGGAGGGUGCCCUUCAGUUCAACGUGCACCCGCUGUGCAUGGUCAUAGGCAUGAUCUUCUUGCAGGGAGACGCACUGCUGGUUUACAGGGUCUUCAGGAAUGAGGCCAAGCGCACCACGAAGAUCCUGCACGGGUUGCUGCACGUUUUCGCCCUCAUCAUCGCUUUGGUUGGACUGGUGGCCGUGUUUGAGUAUCACAAGAAAAUGAACUACGCCGAUCUGUAUAGCCUGCAUAGUUGGUGCGGCCUCCUCGUCUUUGUGCUUUACUUUGUGCAGUGGCUGAUGGGUUUCAGCUUCUUCCUGUUCCCCGGAGCGUCGUUCUCCCUUCGGAACGGGUACCGCCCUCAGCACGUCUUCUUGGGCGCCACCCUGUUCCUCCUUUCCGUGGGCUCGGCUCUGCUGGGCAUCGAGGAGGCCCUGAUAUUUGGACUCAAGAGCAAGUACAGCGAGUUCCAGGCUGAAGGCGUCCUGGCUAACGUGCUGGGCCUGCUGUUGAUCUGCUUCUCUGCCGUUGUGCUCUAUAUCCUGACUAGAGAGGCCUGGGGGCGGCCCCCCCGGGCCGAAGAGCAGGCCCUCUCCAUGGACUUCAAGACGCUGACCGAGGGGGAUAGCCCCGGCUCUCAGUGAGCCCCUGCCACGAGGGAGCUGGAAGCAGGUCUGGGCCUUGGGCCUCUCCUGUUCCAGGCGGGUGUUGGAAUAUGUCUUUGUAUUUCCUUUUCCCUGUGACUUUCCGGGACUCACAGGCUCCCCCUGAGGCUAUUCCUGGGCAGUGGCAGGACCCUGAGGUAAAGGUGCCCUUGAAUUGGUCCUGGGGAGGAGCCAGUGGGAUAGUCUGGAUGCAGUCAGUGUUGGUUUAUUACCCCGUGGCCAGGGGCUUCCCCAUCUCUCCCUGCCCUCUCCCCCUCCUUCCUUGGCUUUUGUUGUCCGUACCUCACCUCUUGGCAAAAUGAGUUGGCUGCUGACCUUGUGCCCUUACCCAGAGCCCGCCCCAGAGCACAGCGGCUCCAGGCGGAGGAGGAAGACCCUAGAAGAGACCCACCAACCCCGCAAAGGCGUCCAUUCCCCGGGUCUCUCUGAGCUGAAAGGGAAACACCAUUGUUUUAUAGAUGAGGAAUGUGACUUGCCUAAAGUCAUAUAAUUACUUGUAAACUCUUAUACCACAUGAUUCAUUCAUCUGGUGGCUUGGAAGGGGAUUGUUCUAAAAGCUUUUGGUUUUGGGACCCCAUAACUCUUAAAAAUUAUUGAGGAAGGGGGAA